AUGUCUGAUGACGCAGAGCAGCAGACUGAAGAAAUUGAGGUGUUGAAAUCAAUAUAUGAAGGAGAUGAAAACUUCAAACAAGUUGACGCCACAACCUAUCAAUAUAAGUAUAUUGAAGGUGAGAAGUCAUUUCUUUUGGAAAUAAAGUGGGGCCCAACAUACCCAACUGAUAAACCGAGCUUUAAUUUGGAUAUUUUCUAUAAUCAAUGUUUAUUACCGUCUGUCAAGGAAAAGAUAUUAAGUAUAGUAAAUGCAGAAGCAGAACAGUGGCUUGGAUGUGCAAUGACAUAUACGUUAUUCGAAUGUUUGAAGGAGAAAUUAACAGAAAUACUCGCAGAGCAAACUGAAGAGGUAGUGGUGUCUAGCAGAGUGGAGAAGAUAGUUUUAGAAGACCAGACCGAAGUCUCAAAGAAACCAGAGAAAAAGGAGCAUUUAACGAAGGCGCAAAAGCGGAGAGCGUGGGACAAGGCGGAGAUAGGCAGGGCGGGGGAGAAGCCACGCGGGUGGGACUGGGUGGACAUUGUUAAACAUUUAUCUCAAGCGCCCCACCAGCCUGCCUCAUGA